CGCGCUCACUCCGCUCACCUGCUCCGUACGGAGGAGCUCCGUGGCGUUUACUCGGCAGCUUCAGCGAGAUUUUGCUGCAGAGCAAAGCAAAGCAGCAGCUGACUGCGCCGCAUCAUGCUGUGGAAGAUGGUGGCGGACUCCCUGCGUGGACGGAGAAGGAGGCUGCCCUGCUCCCUCUGGUUCCUCCUGCUGAUCGCCGCCGGAGGUCUGGUUCUCUUCAUCCACCAGCGGGACCUGUCGGAGAUGGCCCUGCAGCAAGGACCAGGAGUGAAGCUUAAAAGCAAUCCACGGCAGUCCAGAGAGACUCUUUCUACGCAGGAAAGAGAGAGGGGCAAAUCUGACAAUUAUCAGGACCGGACCGAAGGCGCCUUGUCCAGCCCGAUCCCUCCCAUCCAGUUCCCGCACUUUGAGGCGAUUAAACAGACGGCCACCCCGGAGUCCCGAGAGCAGACCAGACAGGCGUCCUGCCCUGGGUCUCGGGAGCAGGACGCUACCCUCGUCCACGUCUCCAAAAGGCAACGCAAACUGCUGAAAACAAGUCCUCCGAUCCACCACUCCACCAAUAGUGAUUCCUCGUCUUCUUCGACGUCCUCCUCGGCAUCUGGCUCCUUGGACCCUGACCGGUGGAAAACGCUCGCCAACAUUCAGAUAGCCCGCCAGCAGCUGAUGAAGGAGAUCUGCGCCAAGUACAAAAGCAGCAUCUCCAAAACCAUCACGGCGCAUCACGUGAGAAACCUCUACGUGGAGGACAAGUACAAGUUGCUGUACUGCCAGGUGCCCAAGGCGGGCUGCUCCAACUGGAAGAGGACCCUGAUCGUGCUGGCGGGCCUGGCCUCCAAUGCUCAGAGCAUUCAACACGACACGGUCCACGAGGGCCACUAUCUCAGGGAGCUCAACACCUUCGACCGAAAGGGAAUCAUGCACCGCCUGGAGACCUACACCAAAGUCAUGUUCAUCCGAGAGCCUUUGGAGAGAAUGGUGUCGGCUUACAGGGACAAGUUUGAGAACCCCAACAACUACUACCACAGCCUGUUCGGGAAACCCAUCAUCUCCAAGUACAGGGCCAGCCCGUCCCCGGAGGCCCUGAAGACGGGCAAUGGGGUCACGUUCAAGGAGUUCGUCCAGUACCUGCUGGACGUCCACCGGCCCGUGGGGAUGGACAUCCACUGGGAGCAGGCGAACCAGCUGUGCAACCCUUGUCUCAUAGACUACGACUUCAUCGGAAAGUUCGAGAACAUGGAGGAGGAGUCCAACUUCCUCCUGCGAUUGACUGGCGCUCCGGCCAACGUCAAGCUGCCCAGUUUCAAAGACAGGAACCCGGCCGACAAGAGAACCUCCACGAACAUCACACAAAAAUACUUUUCACAGGUCAGCACGCUGGAGAGACAGCGGAUCUAUGACUUCUACUACACGGACUACUUGAUGUUCAACUACACCAAGCCUUUCAAGGAUUUAUACUGACGGACUCCGAUCAACUCUUGAAACCACGAGUCACAUUCCAUGUCUGCAUCUCCACCGUGACAGUCAUUUUGACAUGAACAGGCUAUAUUCACAUGCUCACAUGGAUCUUAGCCUCGAAGCAGAGGCAUCAGAGAGACUAAUCAACUACCGACUUGAUGCGGCAAAAGCUGCUUUUUUAUGCAUACAUUUCUACCAGAUUAUCUUCAUUUUCAACUAUGUGGUGAAAAGGUAUGUCAAAUACUCUAAAUUGUCCUGAAAACAAAAUUAUAUAUUCACUAAUAGCACAUAGUGAGGUAAACGUUGUAAUUGUUGUGCUUCUUAAAAACAAAAGUGUAUUAUUGUUCAACAGGCUUUAAAUCAUGCCUUACUGUGUGUGAGUCAAAUAGGAUUUGCAAAUGCGUUUUUAAUGUAAUUUAAUACAGCUUUUUAUUCGUAUUCCUGAAGUGAUCGAGGAGCCUCUCUGACCUGCCUUUAGAAAAAUGAAACCAAAACAUUUAUGAAUAUAGUUGCUUUGGUCGACCUCAUUAAGAUCUGAGUAAUGAUCGACCCCCGUGUCCCGCAACCUGUUCAUUUGGACUGGCUGCAAUUUAAAUAUUGAUUCAUUGGAAAUAUUUGCAUGGACCAUUUGACUCACAGCCAGCCCGGACACCGGUAUACAGUAUACCUCUAUGUAUAAAUGCAUACUAAUACAGAUAUUUCAUGUCAAUGGUUUUAUUGAACAUAAACCAGGACAUAAUAAAAACACUAUAAAUAGUAGAAAUCUUUAAAAUGUGUCAAGUGCUGCCCACUCGGAAGCUGUGUGCACCUAUUGUAGCAAUUUUUGUACUUCUAACUUUUGAACCGACAGGUUUGUGCUUUGGUCUCUC